AUGUUGUCCUUGGUGGGAAAACUAAAAAACAAGGACUUCAUUGACCAUAUUAAUAAUAUAGAUUUAAUUUUCCUCACUGAAACUUGGUUUAACUCAAAUAUAGAUGUUCCUGAUUUCAGGUCUUUUGUCUCUGAUACUGCAAAACCUCAUACCAACUGGGCAUGUUGCAAAUCGGGUGGUAUCACUCUACUAACCAGAACCAAGUUUGAAAAAUUUACUUCAAUUGUUAAAAAGUCGAAAAAUUUUCUAUGGUGCAAAAUAUCAAAAGAUGUGUUAAAUGCAAAAAAUUAUCUAUUUGUAUGUGGUGUGUAUAUUCCACCAGAAAAAUCUGUUUAUUUUGAAAAUGAAAUUUUUGAUGAAUUAGAAAAUGAUAUUAUACAAUUUUCAUCAAAAGGAAACAUAAUGAUCCUUGGUGAUUUUAAUGCUAGAACCAAUACACUCGAAGACUUUAUCUCUAAAGAUGGCAACAAUUUUAUAAAUGACACUAGUGAAAAUUGCUUGCAACCAAAAAACAGAUUAAAUUUCGACCACCAAAUUAAUAACCAUGGUAAACAGUUAAUUAAUCUAUGUAUAAACUGUAACAUGAACAUUUUAAACGGACGCACAAAAGGUGAUUCCUUUGGACGAGCUACUUUCCAUGGUAACAAUGGUAUAAGUGUAGUCGAUUACAUCAUAUGUGAUCAGGAAUUAUUUAGAAAUACUAAUUACUUUGUUGUAAAACCACCAACAUACCUAUCUGACCAUAGUCAAAUUGUAACAUGGGUUGGUAUUGGUCAGACAAACGAAAAACCAGAUACCAAUCCUGGAUGUAAUAUUGAAAUGACUAAAUUACCAAACCAAUACAUUUGGGAUAACCACUCUAAAAAUAACUUUAGAGAAUCAUUAAGAUCACAAGAAAUGCAAAAGAAAUUGAAUGAAUUUAUGAACUCAGAUUUCACAAAUGAUUUGAACGGAGCAAACCAAUGUGUAACUGAAUUCCAAAACAUCUUACUCGAAACAUCGAAAAAAAGUUUGAAAAUUAAAAAGUGCAAACGAAGAAGAAAAAUCUCUAACAUUGCUCAAAAGAAAUGGUUUGAUAAAGACUGUAGAAUCAAACGACAUGAUUUAAGGAAAUUAUCUAAUUUAAAACAUAUAGAUCCUACAAAUGUUGAACUUAGAAAAAACUACCGCGAUGCCUUGAAAUCAUAUAAGGCAACUCUACAGCUCAAACAAAGUGAAUUUCACAACAACAAGACGCUCUAUAGAGCGUUAACUCGCUGGGGCUAUACAAACACGCACAUUACCGUAUAUGAUACAUGCAUGCAUGCAUGCCGUAUACGGCAUGUAGUAAAAGACUGACUACCGGAACACCACCGGAACACCACCAUUUUGUUUGGGGUUAGGAUUUGGGGUUAGGGUUAGGGUUGGGGUUAGGGUUAGGUGGUGUUCCGGUGGUGUUCCGGCGAUGUUCCAGCGGUGUUCCGGCGGUGUUCCGGCGGUGUUCCGGCGGUGUUCCGGCGGUGUUCCGGCGGUGUUCCGGCGGUGUUCCGGCGGUGUUCCGGUGGUGUUCCGGUGUUCCGGUAGUCAGUGUUUUACUACAUGCCGCAGUAUACACUUGUUUUAAUUAAGAUUUAAGGUUAUCCCUCGGUUGUCCCGAGCUAAGCGGAAAAGUCGAAUACGAGCGCGAAAGGGUUGAAGAUUAAACUUUUCAGUUACAGUUUUAGUAGUUUUGUUCACUCUGUUUUGAACUAUAUCACCAUAUAUAACACUGCUCUGUCUAUUUAGGUGAAUACUAUGUUAUAAUAUUGUUAUUUAUAUCCCACUGACUUGCAUUGUGCCCCAAUGCAAUCAUGCACCCUACUUUAUUAGUUUAAUGUCCCAUACCAGUCGAUUUUGCUUGUCAAAGAGAGAGUGCUGCCGCUCUCAAAUUGGCUAGGUUUGUAUUGCAGGUAGGAGGCUCAGUUUUGAAGUUUCUGUUAAUAUAAUGACCCAGUUCAGGAUUUUAUACAAUCAGACAUGCAAAUAAAACUUCCGGCGUUUCCACCGGCUAGGAUUAAACUGCGCGUUCAAAAUAAAAUUACGUUCAAAAUAAAAUAUUUUGGGGCUUUUGGGCUCAAAAUACUAUCAAAAUGAAGAGAAAAGUGAGACAAAUCCACUGGUAUACGGCCGAAAAAGAGAAAACCAACGAUACCAAAGUUAUCAAGGAUCAAACGUACUGCAUUUUUUAUAAUUAGUUGAAUAGUUUUGAGCGAUUCGUUCGCAACACAAUUUCGCUUGGAUUUUAAAGAUAAAGGCCAUAAAUCGCUAGAAUACUGUUGUUUAGUGAUACAUUUGACACCCGUAAGUACAAUUUCUUACGCUGAAUCGAACGGUGGUAUUUUUUAUCUUUAUUGCGCCAUUAGGCAUUGAUACAACUUAGUACAAGGUCAAGGACAAACGUAGUACUGCGAGUGAGUGUCAACAUGAAAACGCACUGCGAGCGAUUUGUAAACAAUACAAUUUCGCUUGAUUUUGAAUGGCCAUAAAUCGCUAGAAUACUGUUGUUUAGUAAUAGAUUUGACAUCCGUAAGUACAAUUUCUUACGCUGAAUCGAACGUUGGUAUUUUUAUCUUUGUUGCGCCAUUAGGCAUUACGAAACAUUAUAUUUCACACUACAGUUUUCACCGCGUUUCCACAGCUACUAACUAAUAACUACUUAAUAGAGACUGUUGUUGGAUAAAUUUUAUAUUGAUAUGACACUAAUAUGCUUCUCAUAAAGUAGUUAUCUAUUAAAACUACGUGGUGUAGUUUACUGUAAGUUAUAACCUUUUACCUUGAAAUUGUCUUUGCCUUUGGCUCGUUUAUAUCCAGAUUCAGUAUAUUAUAUGAAAUUAAGAUCGUACAUGGGAAUUCGACGAUCCAAAUUUCGGAUUUUCAGAGCCGUGCACCAAGAAAAAUGCAUUAACUAAACUAGCAAGAAUGUCUAGAGUUAGACACAAUGCAAAAUCCAUAAAAAACAGGUACAAUUCGUUAAAAAUUUUAACGAAAUUUUUUGAAAUAUUUUGCCCACUCCACGAAAGGCCGCCAUUUUGAUAUUAGGCAGCUCAUUAAUAUUCUAUUUUGUGGCUAUCGAAGAAAAUUGGAGAUCCACUAUUGCUGAUCCACCAUUGCUGAUCCACUAUUGCUGAUCCACUAUUGCUGAUCCACUAAAAAUGCGUGCCGAAACCUAUACUCGCCAGGGCACAGAGUGCCCCAGCGAGUAAUAAGUCGUUACCUAUUAAAAAGUUACCUAUUAAUAGGUACUGUUUUUUGCUCUUGUUAACUCGUUAACAUUCAAUGUUUUCCUCUUGAUGACUAUUGACUAAAGUUGUCUGACACCAGGGCAGGUCCUGGCUAAUAAGUUAACAAGAUUCAUUGCCAGAUAGCCUGGUAAACCAUUAAUUAGGACCAACACUUGCUCAAUAAAAUUUUCUGACAUUGGACAAAGUAAAAAGACACAAUAGGAUGCAAUAGAGUAUUUUAUGGCUUAACCCAUCGGAGUGCAAGAUUCUCCCCUUGACAAGAUUCUCCGCCGACAAGGAGUUGGACCUCUGUAUAGGCCAUAUAGUUUAUACUCUGUGAUUACACGGAUGAUGCCUCGAUCUUUAUAUAUUUCAGAUGAAUCGAAGUCAAUAAUAUAUAGAAGUCCCACCUUUACUUGCAAGAGCCAAUGCAAUCUCCCUGCCAAUUCCAUGCCCUGCGCCCGUAACAACCGCCGUGAACCCUUCAAUACUUUUGCGUUUGCGAGGCGCAAUCCAAUUGAGCAAUGCCUCUAUAUAGCACCACACUGUAAUCAGCAGAAUUUUGAUUACUUCGGGUAG